UCGCCUGUGGUGCACGCGCAUGAGCGCAUAGCGAUUCGUGUUGCGUGACUAGGUACUUGACUAGCAACUCCCCGCUCGGCGCUUGAGCGACGCGUAUUCGUUUACGUCAUGUGUUUUGUUUUGUUUCUUUGUUGUACAUAUUAUUCAUACCAACAGUUCGGUCAGCUACCACUCGCAACGCGAUAAUAACAAUAUAAUAGAGAAACCAAAAUGUGGACAGAGAGAGUUACACUGCGUGACGAUAAAAGCUGACAUACGGAUUGUAUUAAUAGAGUUACGACAUAAUAAUAUAAACAAUAUUUUUGAUACGAACGAUGGAACGGCUCAAGCGCGCGGUGAGGUGCGGGGUCGGCCCGGAGGCCCCGGGAGAUGAGCUGGAGAGCGCACAGGAGCGACGGGAGCGCUGGCGCAGUAUUUACGUUAUCUACUUCACCAUGUUCCAGAUGUCGCUCGGGUUCAGCAUAGUGCUCACCGGAGUAUGGCCCUACCUAGACAAGCUGGAGCCGGGCGCCAGCAAGGAAGCGUUGGGGCUAGCAGUAGGCAUCAGUCCGCUGGGGCAGCUGGUGGCGUCGCCGCUGUUGGGCUGGUGGGCGAACCGCGCGAGGAGUGUGCGUGCUCCGCUGGCCACAACGCUUCUACUGUUCGUGCUGGCGUCCGCGCUAUACGCAAACCUACACCUGGCGCGUCCGCACGCGCUCGUCUGGCUUCUAGCCGCGCGCGCACUCGUCGGUCUCAGCUCGGCGAACGUGGCGGUGGCGCGUUCGUACCUAUCGGCAGCUACGCGCGAGGCGGAGCGAACGCGCGCCGUGGCAGGAUGCUCGCUGGCGCAGGUUCUCGGGUUCGUGGUGGGGCCGGCGCUUCAGGCGGCCGCCGCACCGCUUGGCCCGGGGGCGCCCUAUGACGGCACCGCCACCCCUCGCCUCGACAUGUACACGGCUCCCGGCUGGACCAACGCCCUGCUGGGCACGCUCAACUUGCUGCUUCUGCUGCCGUGCUGCUUCCGAGAGCGCCCCAUCGCCGCGCGAGAGGCCAUGCGGGCGCAAGGCAAACAGACUGAGAAGGAGGCUAUAAAGGCCAUAAAGCCAGACUACGUGAGCAGCUGGAUGCUGGUGGGUGCAUUCUUCGUGCUGGUCUUCAACUUCGUGCUGCUUGAGACGCUGGCUACUUCGCUCACCAUGGACCAGUUCGGCUGGAGCAAGACGCAGGCACUCGAGUAUAUGGGGGCUCUCAUGAGUGCUGGUGCUCUCAUCGCCUGCGCGGUAUUCGCCAUGAUAACACCGCUCACCAAACUGUUUGAGGAGAGAGCUUUGCUGCUAUGGGGGGGAUUCCUCCUGACUGGUCUGGCUUCCCUUCUCUGUAUCCCCUGGGGGCCAGAUGGUCCGCCGCUAGCCGCUGCCGAUGCGUUGGAGUCUGAGGGAGGCUGCCCUGCUGCCGUCCAGCCAUGGUGCCUCACCUCCCGGAGAAUCACGCUCACACAGUUCUUCCUGGGCUAUACCAGCGUGUCUAUUGGAUACCCGCUGGGGGUUACUCUCAUACAGACUAUAUUCUCUAAGGUGCUGGGGCCGCGACCGCAGGGCGUCUGGAUGGGCGUACUGACGGGCGCAGGCUGCGUGUCGCGGGCGCUGGGGCCCGUGUUCGUGGCUAGCGUGUAUGCUCGUCGGGGCCCCGCGCCCACUUUCGUGGCGACGGCCACGCUCACGUUCGCGGCGCUAGGUGCGCUACGUGCGGUUUACGGGCGACUUCUCCCCCCCGCCCGCGCCGCACACGCCCCCGCUGACGUCGAACUGCGCCCGCUAGCCGCUCCGCUCGACACCAACGUCUAGCAGUGUACUAUGGAAUUAUUCAGUGGGAGGCGCCUUUGCACAGGAUGCCGGCUAGAUUAUGAGUACCACAACGGCCGUAAAGCAGUAAUGUGUAAACAUUACUGUGUUUCGGUCUGAAGGGCGCCGUUUUUAUGAAAAUAAGAGACGAGCAGGACGUUAGGCCGAUGGUAAUUGUUACGCCCUGCCCAUUACAAUGCAGUGCCGCUCAGGAUUCUUGAAAAACACAAUAAUUCUGAGAUGUAAGAUGUUAAGUCUCAUUUGCCCAGUAAUUUCACUAGCUACGGCGCCUUUCAGACCGAAACACAGUAAUGUACUUACGUCUCAGAAUUUUAGUGUUUUAAAGGAUUCUGAGUGGCACUGCAUUGUAAUGGGCAGAGCGUAUCAAUUACCA